AUGGGCGAAAACAAUGCGUUACAGUACUCGGUGCAACAUCUGAAGAACGAAAGGUAACAUCUGGAGUUCCGAAGGUUCUAUCCUUGGCCCAGUUCUUUUUUUGCUGUAUGUAAACAAUCUGCCCCGGACGGUAAAAACAUCAAAAGUUGUUUUUUUUCGCUGAUAACACCAAGGGUCUAAAGCAGAGGAACAAACUGUUGGGAUUCCCAAGAAGAUCAUCCCGGGAGAUAAGAAACCCAGUAACAAGAAGAUGCUUAUAUAUCACAGUUGUACGACCCAUAGAUAUCUUAUAUACACUAGAUAGUGCGUCUAGUUAUUCUACAAUUUAAAAAUUGAAGUCGUGAUUGCAGUCUUAGGUCGUUCCCAUGAAAUGAGAGAAUAUUCGUAUAUUUUCUAUUUCUUAAACAGGGAACUUAAAAAUUAAGUUAAACCUAUUCCAAAUACAUUUUUAAACUAUAGUAUUCAAAUGAUGAAAGUAUUGUUGUUUUUAAGCAUUUAUUAGCCAGUGGGAACGACCAACAUGGCCACCAUUUAUUCAAAUGGGGGGGUAACUGCUGGAAUAUUCUUGGCUUCAAUUUUACUAAAAGAGAUGCGCUAUCUAGUGUAUAUAAGAUAUUUAUGGUACGACCUGACCUUGGCCACGCUACCCAGAUCUGGGCUUCUCAAACAAUCGAGCUGAUAAAGCGAGUUGAAAGAGUGCAGCGUCGUGCGACGAAGUUUAUCCUUAACCUACCAUUCUACAGCGAAGUACCCUACGACGAACGUUUAAUAGCCUCCAACUUACUACCAAUUAGUUUCUGGCACGAAUAUUUUGAUUUGGUACAUUCUAGCCUCAGAAUUAUUUCGUGAAAAAAAAGUGUGGGUAAAUACGAGUUUUGAGUAAAAAAAUCCGUUUACUUUAACCUUAUCAACUAUAUAAUAAAUAAGGCUUGCGCAAUGCUUUCGUACAAACAACUGAUUACCUUGUUAGAAAUAUACUCAACAUAAAACUUGUCGCUAAUCUUUUAUCAUGAAAGUAAAUUCAUAAAUUAUUCUCUUAACAUUUUCGUAUAUUAAUUUUAUAAUAUUAGUUUAAGCAUGGAUUGUAAAAUAACUGGAUAGGAAACUUCCUGACGUCACAGUCUAAACCUAGUUGCAAUCUGUGACGUCACGCGUAUUGUGAAUAUAUACCAAAGUUCUCGGCAUUUUUGUUGUUUCGCUAUAUUUUCCGCUUUAAAAGAGUAAUAUUGAAGCAUAAACUGGUGUAAUUGUUUUAAAAACAUGCCUAAGCCACGACAAAGUAUUCAAGGUAAAUGUUUUUCGUCUUUGUUAUUUGUAUUUUUCUACAUUUGUAGCUACGAAAUUGGCGUCGCCAAUUUUAACGAAAUUUGCGAUGCAUUUUUCACUGUUUAGUGCUUUAAAUAUUUGCCGUAAAUUAACCGAGAAUACUUAGAGACUUCAUCGUAGAAUGGCCUAGUUAUAUUUAUUUGCCCUUUGACUAAAAUGUUUAGCUGUAUUAUCGCUAAACAUGCCGUUUUUGAGAAUUUGAUUUGCAACUAGGUUUCAACGCCAUCAUCCCAUUGAAAACAUUAGGUCACGUCAGCUAGUUUCCUAUCCAUGUAUUUUAUUAUCCAUGGUUUAAGUAAUGCAUUUUUAAGUAGAUAUACAAUACAAAUUAAUUUAUAUUAAAAAUAAAUGGUAUUUUAAGUCACCGAUCUUUUCGAAAUCUUUUCUUGUAGUUGUUAAAGGCUCAGUGUCACCUGUUGAGCGAUGUUAUUUAAUUGCUAAAAUUUACUUGAUUUUAUUUGGUUUUCUACAGAAACUUUUCAAACUGGACCAUGUGCGCGCUCAACAGUUAAUUUUAGCAAUUAAAUAACAUCGCACAACAGGCGACACUGAGCCUUUAAUAAGCGUUUGCUUCAAGAAUCCUUUCCAUGCAUGGUUAAAUUCCCUAUUAUCUUUUUUUAACGUCGCCAAGUUUAAAAAAAUAAUAUAGUUCUUUCUCAUGAACUUAAAUUAUAAAUAAAAUGCACACAAAUUAAAAUUGUACGCACAUUAAUAUGACUUCUUUCAUCUGUUUAGACUUGAGGAAUGGGCUUUUUUAUUGGGAAAUAAAGAGACAAAUGAAAUUGCUUUACUUGCCAUAAAGUGUUUGUAUGAAUUGCAAGAUAUUGAUAUCAUGAAAUCAGUUUCCAGUAAAUUUGUGCCAGAGGGAGAUGGAAUGCUGUAUUUAGAAGGCCUAAUUAUUACAGCAGUUGAUUCUACAGCAUUGUUCAUGUUUUUGGGUAGUAGCAAGAAUUUAAAACAACUUUAUUUUUUUCAAUGCACAAUACAGGACAACUGCAACUACCAUUUUAAGUCGUUUUUUAUCACUGCAGGUAACACUAUUACCUCUUUUACGUGGAUUCUGGGACGUUUAUCAGAUGUAGCUGUUGAGUAUCUUAGUGAAGCGUUAAAAAGUGAAAAUUGUAAACUUACUAAAUUGUAUCUCCGUAGAAAUGAAAUAACAGAUCAAGGUGUUGAAUAUCUUAGUGAAGCUUUAAAAAGUGUAAAUUGUAAACUUACUGAAUUGUAUCUCGAUAGUAAUGAAAUAACACAUCAACGUGUUAAAUAUCUUAGUAAAGCUUUAAAAAGUGAAAAUUGUAAACUUACUGAAUUGAAUCUCCGUAGAAAUGAAAUAACAGAUCAAGGUGUUGAAUAUCUUAGUGAAGCUUUAAAAAGUGAAAAUUGUAAUCUUACUGAAUUGUAUCUUGAAGAUAGUGAAAUAACAGAUCAAGGUGUUGAAUAUCUUAGUGAAGCUUUAAAAAGUGAAAAUUGUAAACUUACUGAAUUGAAUCUCCGUAGAAAUGAAAUAACAGAUCAAGUUGUUGAAUAUCUCAGGGAAGGUUUAAAAAGUGAAAAUUGUAAACUUACUAAAUUGGAUCUCGGUUACAAUAAAAUAACAGAUCAAGGUGUUGGAUAUCUUAGUGAAGCUUUAAAAAGUGAAAAUUGUAAACUUACUAAAUUGGAUCUCGGUUACAAUCAAAUAACAGAUCAAGGUGUUGAAUAUCUUAGUGAAGCUUUAAAAAGUAAAAACUGUAAACUUACUGAAUUGUAUCUCGGUGGUAACAAAAUAACAGAUCAAGGUGUUAAAUAUCUUAGCGAAGCUUUAAAAAGUGAAAAUUGUAAACUUACUAAAUUGGAUCUCGGCGGUGAUGAAAUAACAGAUCAAGGUGUUGAAUUACUUAAUGAAGCUUUAAAAAGUGAAAAUUGUAAACUUACUGAAUUGGAUCUCGCUGGUAAUGAAAUAACAGAUGAAGGUGCUGAAUAUCUUAAUGAAGCUUUAGAAAGUGAAAAUUGUAAACUUACUAAAUUGGAUUUCGAUUGUAAUGAAAUAACAGAUCAAGGUGUUGAAUAUAUUGUGUACAAAUUGUAAAUUAUAUAAUUUAAAAAAUCGUUAAAAAUUAUUUGUUUGAACCUCACUGAAAAUUAAAUAACAGAACAAAGUCUUAAAUAUUUAGUUGAUGCUUUAAGAAGUAAAAAUUGUAAACUCACUAGGUUGUAUAUCAGAGAAUGGGAUACUGAAAGGUUCGGAGCUUAAGAUUACAACUUCUAAAGAAUUGAGUCACGUAGCAGAGAAGUAGAAUAUAAAGAUUCUUAUAUCACAUUUGUGUCGGUUUUCUUUGAUCGUCCGAGGUUUAUAACUAGCUUAUAUAUACCUUGAAUAAAAUGAUUAGAUUAAACUUGUAGACAAAACAAUACACAAUGAUUAGAUUAAACUUGUAGACAAUUUUUUAUUAAAAUUUUUUGAAAAUGACAAAAUAUGUUAGAAAACCUCCACAAAUGUGAUAUAAGUUAGUUAUAAACCUCGAAUGUCGGUUUAUAACUGAUAUAUUGCCCUCGGACGCUACGCGUCCUCGGGGGCAAUAUAUCAGUUAUAAACCUCCUACUCGGUUUAUAACUCUAACAUAUUGUUCAGACUGGCUUUCGUAAAGUGGCUAUCACCCAAAAUGGAUUAUAUUCCGUAUUGAUUGCAUAUCAUAUGUUAGUCACAUGAUAAAAUAUUUGUUGAUUUGCAAUUGAGCGAUUUUAUUUAAAGUUAUCAGGAAAAUUAUCCAUGAGGGAUAUAAUUAUGGUGUAUAAUUCAGUUUUCAAGUGGCGGAAAAUAAAGUUGGUCCAGUGUUUUACAGCUACAACGAGUACAUAGAAAUUCCUCCUGUUACAUCAUUGAAGUUAUAAAACCCUUUAACUCAGGAAUUUCUCAUUCGCGUUAAGAGAUAUCUAAAUAUUAGUCUAUUUACCUGAUAUUGAUUCUGAAAUGAUUGACUUAUGGGUGAUAACCACUUUAAACUUCAAUCACAUAAGCCUGGAGUUGAGAACUUGACCCUAUACUGAGCUCUCACCCCAUGGUGAUCCCACGUAGUUAACAAACCCACUGCUUUAGUUAAAUUCUGAAUACUAAUGAAGGUAUUGACCACUGAUCUUAAAACUAGACUGGAUAGAGCAACUUUUUGAAUUCAGAGAAUUCAUUUUGAAGCUAGAAUAUUUAUAAUGAGAAAAUAUUUUUAAAUCUGUCACAUUCCCUACGAAUCAAAUCGUUACGUGUUUAAAUUAGUUAUAGCUAGUACCAAGCAAAUAUCUUCUACGUAACUUGAAAGAUAUUGCCACACUUCUUCUAAUGAGUUUGUUUAGAUGGUUUUAAACACGUGAUAAUGAGACAUUGAGACUUGAGGCGGCCAUAUUGUCGUGUGACCUCACCAUUAUUCACAGGCAAAUUUCAGAAGGAACCGUCAGAGGCCACUAAUAAUCAAUUUCUUUCUAGGCAAUAUUUUUUUUAUUUUUAUCAAUCAUCAGAAACUUUAAGAACGUCUUCUAGCAUGUCAGCAACACCACUGUAGAUUUGCUAUGGUUACACCAAUAUGGCCGUCGUUGGCUUCAUUUAUGCAUGUGGUGCUUUAUCCAGGUCUAGUUUUGAGAUCAGCGGCAUGCAUUGACUGAAGUUGUAAAAUAGUGUAUGCAUUGGUAAAUUUAGUAGCAUAAUUUUUGCUAUAAGCAGGGACGUCACGAAUUAGGGGAUGUAACACUUAGAUGGAUGUUUAUUUUAAAAUUUUACAUGAAAUUUGAAUAAAAAUACAUGCGGUGUUUGGAAUGAUAACUUGUUUAAAAAAUAUUUGAAAGAAACGCAAUUCAAUCAUUUACAAUUUCGUUUCAGAAAAAACUAAAAAUACAGUGUUAGAGUUUCGAAAAUUACAAAAAAAUCCUUUGGGUCCCACAAUCAGCCACCGCUAGACCAUUUCCACGACUGAGGUCUGUUUCAUACUAGUGUCUGUAUUUAAAUUCGUACAAGACGUUUCAUUCAUCUGUCAGUCAGAUGGAAAAAAAUGUCUAUUGUGCAUUUCCGUUUCAUACGACAUACUGGUCGCCCAGUCGAAACAAAUAUGUUAUUUCUUUAUGUUUGAUUCUGUUUAAGAGUAUUAUGAAACCUAUGUCUAACAAGGCAUGUUAUACAAUAUUACUUUCACGUUUGGAAUGAAUAGAGCUUUGCUCAAUGAAUUUAAUAGCAAAUUUGUCUGAAUUUUGAAUCCGAAGUAUGAACCAAGCCUCUGGAACGUAAUUGCAAUGUCAAUAAUAUAAUUGUCAAUGAAAAUUUAUGUGUGUUACACUACAUGACUGCGUUCGUGAAGUAAAUCCUCUAUUAAGCCCCAAUUUAUUUAUGGCACAUUUGAGGGGAUGUUUAUUGGAGAGGGAGGUAUAAUAGAAAGCGGGGACUUAUGAUCAUGAUUAAGAUAUCUAAACGUGGUAACCUAAAAUCUAACAUAAACGUCCAGGAUAAUAUGUCUAAAUCUAUUCGGUGAACAUGUGUUUAUAUAUGAAGUGGAGGGCGGAGGGUGCUUGUAUUGGAGAAGGAACUACUAAUUGAUGUAUUUAUAUAUGUCCUAUUAGAGAUUGAUUAUUGGAGGAAACCUUUUUUUAGGUGGGGGGGGGGGGUCUUAAUAGAGGAUUUGCGGUAACACAUAACCCAGUUUCGCGACAUCCCUUGCUGAAUGUAUGUAUAUAGUAUACUUUGCAUUAGAAAUCUAGUCUUAGGAGAAAAAUGCAGAAAUAGAUAUUUUAAAUUGACAGUAUAUACUUUGCUUGUAUUUAAAUUUGCGUGGUUCUAAUUUUCGCUCAGUCUUAAAUUCGUGCGAUUUAAUUUCGUACCCCC